AUGGGUAGAUUCAAAUCAGGAAUUAUGUUUAGGCAAGCUCGAACUAAGGUAAUUGAUGGUGCAUUGGGUACCUUUUCGGGCGGGAAGAAAGAAAUUGUAUCUCUUGAAACAAUUGAGUUAACAGGAGAAGAUGACACUCAAAAUUCAAAUGGAGCACCAGUUGAAAAGGAGAAUCCCUUAGGCUAUAAUUUAGACUACUUCACAGCAUUUUACAUCAUCAUUCAAGGUGUCAUAGGAACUGGAAUUUUCGCUACGCCAGCUAGCGUUUUGAGCUCAAUUGGGUCUAUUGGUGCUUCUUACGUUUUAUGGGUGUCUGGCUUUAUAAUAGCCCUUUUUGAAAUUUCUGUCUAUAUUGAAUUUGUCACUUAUUUUCAAAGGAGAUCAGGAGGGGAUGUUGCUUAUUUAGAGCAGUCUUACCCCCGCCCUGCUUUCUUGGUGCCAACGACAUAUGCAGCCGUCUCUGUGCUUUUAUCCUAUAUGACAUCGUCUGCUGUUGCAUUUGGCCAAUACAUUUUGAGUGCCGCAGAUGUUGAGAUUACAACAUGGAGGCAAAGAGGGAUUGGUGUCGGGGUCUUGACCUUCGUAGCUCUUGCUGCUGGAGCAAAUACAAGGAUAUCGAUGAAGAUCUCAAGUAUAUUGGGCUUUAUGAAAAUGGUAUUUCUUCUUUUCAUUAUUAUCACGGGUUUUGUUGUUAUGGGACGAGGGACAAGUGUUACUGACUCACUUGCUAAUUUUAAAAAUGCAUGGGAAGGAACUACAAGAGAUGGAAAUGCUAUAUCAAAUGCGAUAUUAAAGGUUUCAUUCUCAUAUAGUGGUACACAAUAUCUCUUUUGUGUCGUUGGAGAAUCAGAUCCAAAAAAGACGAAGAAUAUGUUUAGAUAUUUUGUUCCAGCUGUUGUAUUUGCAAUUUUAGUGAUAUAUCUUUUGGUGAUAAGUUCUUAUUACGCUGGGUGUGGGACCGUUGAAGAAAUCAAGAAUUCGGGAACGCUUAUUGCUUCGUUGUUUUUUGAAAAUGUGUUUGGAUCAAAAAGCGCACAAAAGGCUCUCAGUUCGUUAGUCGCAAUUUCCGCUCUUGGCCAUCUUUUUGCGGCAUUUGUAGGGCAUUCAAGAGCACUUCGUGAAUGUGGCAGACAAGGGGUUUUGCCAUUUUCACGUCACUGGACUAGUACAAAGCCCUUUGGAACUCCUCUUUUGGCCAUUUUCGCUACCUGGAUAGUCAAUGUGAUCGUUUUAGUUGCUCCUCCGGCAGGUGACGCGUAUAACUUUAUUAUUGAUCUUUCAUCAUAUGCGAAUUAUAUUUUCAAACUAUUAUUAGUAGUUGGCUUAGUAUUGGUCAGGAGAGAGAGAAAAGCAAAAGGAUUAGGAUCCGCUGGGUGGAAAGUUCCGCUACCAAUAUUAAUUAUCACGAUUUUUUACGAAGUUUUUGUGAUUGCAAUGGCUUGGGUUCCACCAGCUGAUGGAACUUUAAAAGGGUCAGAUGUUUCCUUCUUCUAUUGUACUUAUGCUAUUGUAUGUAUUGGGAUAUUGGGACUAUGUGUCUUAUAUUAUUUUCUAUGGGCUAAAGUGUUCCCGAGGGUAUGGAAUUAUGAGCAUAGAGUGUUGUAUUAUGAGUUGGAAAAUGGCGAAAAAGGUCAUACUGUGAUUAAAGUUGACAAAAGCGAGGUGGAAGAUUGGGAUCAUGAACAUGACAAUGAUGGAAAACACAUUAGGGACACUGAACUGGUUUUGAAUGAAGUCGAGCUCAUUGAAACCAACAAAGAGAAAGGAUAG